UGAACUAAUAGUGAUUAUACUGCAUGUCGCACAUGAAACAAAAGUUGAGAGCUAAUACUAAUAGAAGCUGUCUCAUCCUGUCCUGUCUCUCCAGUUGACAACAUGGGCGAUACUGAGGUAAUUGAGAAGCUGAAAGGCCUCCCACAACUGUUAGGCUCCACGCAUCGAGCGAGUAGGACUGCCGGUAUCAACACUGUACUUGAGGUUGUCAACAGAGAUGAACUACCAGAGUUGGUUGUGAAAGGUGUGUCCAGACUGGUGGUACAGGUUGUACAAAGUUAUACCGAUAACUCUUCAAAGAGCAAGUUACGAGAUGUCAUUGUUAAAUUGGCCAAGAAGCACCCAGCUUCCAUCUCUGCACUUGCUGCUGCUUUUGCAUUUCAUGCCCAGCCUCAUGCAAAUGCUCCACAUUCCUCCCGUGCACUUGCUCGGAUUCAUUGCUAUCCAGCAGAAUUGGCAGCCAGAAUCUGGUGCAUAGCUGUAACAUCACAGUAUCCUAUUGGCUCUAAAGAAGCAAUGGCUUUGACUGAAGCAAUGGCCAUCCAUUUUACUUUGACUGUAGCAGCAAAGGAUGCCAUAUUAACCAGGAGAAUGGAUAAUGCAUUGAAAUCAUUAUUGAAAGACGAGAAGAUCCUUAAGGAAGUGUGCCAGUCUGUUGUCAGUGGGGAAGUAACCCUUCAUUGUAUGAUUCUUGGUGGUCAUUUGCUGCAGAAAAUGACUGAAGGUAAAUGUUCCCCACCAUUGGAAAACUUUAAGCAGGCUUUAACAGAAGCUUAUGUCAAGCAUAUUCUGCAGUCUAAAAUAAAGCCCAGACCUUUUGCACUGGAACAGACACGCCCACUUCUUCGCCAGCUGUCUCAUGAAGAUUUCUCAGAGAUACUACUACCAGCAGCCAAAAAAUUCUUAUUAAGAAACCCAGAGGUCAUCCUGUGUGCUGUAUCCCAUUUGUGUUCUGGACUUAAUCUUGACCUUAGUAAAUAUGUAACUGAAAUUAUCAAGACUCUUGCAAGCCCACUACAUGCAAAGGAGGACCAAGUGCGUGAUGAUACUGUUGAGGUGUGUCGCCAACUUGCCAAGCAGUGUAGUGAUGCCUCUGCAAUAGACACAUUUAUUAAACUUCUCUUCGACGUAUUUUUUGGGUCUGAUGGAAAGCUCACUGUAACUACACAUAAAAUGUCUGUUUUGCAGGGUAUUGAAGCUGUGAGUGAACACAGUGUUACAGGUAGUAGUGCAUAUGGAUUAUCUGUCACUGUAGUUGAGAAGAUGGUUAAAGUUCUGGAGACUGAGAGCCAUGAGGGCUCUCUUAUUCAAGCUCUCUCUGCUCUUACAGCAUGGUCAUCAAAAUUUACAAAUGACAUCCCUCAGAAACUUUUAGAUUUCAUUCCUAAGGGUAUGUCUUUGAAGACAUCAACCACUGCUGUUAGAGCAGCCUAUGUCCGUUGUCUACAGGGCUGCAUUACCCCAUCCAAUGCCCAUAAAGCUGCUGCUUUAAUUCCAAGUCUUCUUAGUAGUGUAGAGAAAGCCCUGACCCAGAGUACACAGAUUCCAAUGUUGAUGGAAGCUUUGACAUCCUCUGUGUUGCUUUUAAAACUUGGUUCAGCAGAUGUUUCUCUUGAAGAAAAAGUUGCUCCAGUGUGGAACACAGCUCUUGACCUUCAGAAAGGACAUUUCACUGGAGACAGGUUUUUCACACAAUCAUCAGAAGAUGGUUUAUUGCAGUUAGUAACUUGGUCUGAGCUACUCUUAUCACAGCAUGCAGGACGAUUAGGUAAUGAAGCUGCCAGUGUACAACAGGCACUGGUUUGGUGUCUUGUAUGUCCACAUUCCAAAGUUAGAAUAGCAGCUCAGGCAUCAGCUAAGAAACUUGUGUCUUCGUUAGGUGGAGCAAAACUAGCAUCUGAGAUGCUGAUAUCCUUGGCAAAUAUGAUGCAGUUAUGCAAAGUUCAAAAAACCGAUGAUCAAGAUGGCGGGGGUGGAAGUGGAGUAGGAGAGCUGAGCCCUGCUGGGGUGGCUCAAGCUCUCAUUGUCAUUUGUUCACCCAGCAACAUUGACCAGCAGCAGAAGGAGAAUUUAGCUGUGCAAGCACUGUAUUGUGCUUUCCACCCGUCAUUAGCACUUGAGAUGCCCAAUUUGUGGGAGCAGGUCUGUAGAUAUCAAGGCCUGAAUGCUUCGCAUGUCAUUUCAUCCCAGAAGGAGAAAUUAGUCCAACAGUUUACCACAGACUAUAAACCAUCAUGUCUUAAUGAACAGGUCUUAUCAGGACUAAGCCGACUUGGUAGUAAAUUCAUCCUGCCUUCAGUUAUAGCCUUUAUUGUGAAGAAACUUAACGACCCUAGGCUAGUGCAAAUAACUGAAGAGGAGUAUGCCAUUUUCUUAACACCCAAAGGCACCUUGUAUAACCAGUCAGUGGUUGAAAAAGCCUUUGAGGACCACUUGAACUUGAAGAAUGUUAAAAAGUCAAACAAAGUCUAUAGUCACAAAGAGCAGCUUUUGAUGUUGGAAGAGAAAAAGAAAGACUUGGAAAAAAGAAGGAAAGAAGGGACAUUGGAACUAACACCAAAACAGAAGGAGGUGUUUAAAGCACAAAUGGAUAAAGAAAAUGCAAUCAGAGACAGAAUUGAAGAACUUUCCCGUGAAGUGAACAUUGCCGUGUCACUAUUAGAGGCUGCUGUUGUUGGAAAUGUUGAUGGUCUCGGCCCAUAUUUUACAGAAUUAAUACCAGUCUUGACUUGGGCACUUUCCUCUCCUCUUGUUGCUCAACAGAUGUGCAACUUAUUUGUCAGUUUAAGGAAAUCAGUAUUUGAUGAUGAGGAUGAUGUGUUUGCGUACACUUUGGCUCGCACAACUGUUAGACUUUGUGAACCAGCCAUGAGCAUACCUCAGGAUUGGAUUGGAGAACCCAUUGAAAAAGCUGCCAUCAGAACACUGAAGAUGCUUCACACACUGACUGUUCCCAAAAAGGGAGCAAGAGAUGAUGAUGUAGAAAAAUAUUUUUGUGCACCUGGAUUUGUUUACUGCUUUCCAUUUUUGGAGUGGGUCUUGAGCAAGAGACUUGGAGGUACAGAUAUGUUUGAAACUGUUGCUGGUCAGGCUUUACAGAUUAUAAGUGAGCACAUGGCAAUGCGAGGUGCUGAUGAGGAAGAUUUAUACCAUCCUCGUUUCCUACCAUGCAAAAGAUUGCUUUCUCUUGUCAUCAGUGUGAUAAGCAGCAGCACAGGCAGAACCCAGCAGACAGCUUGUGCAGUUUUGCAAGAUGUGUGCCGAUGUGGUUCAGGGGAAAUUGGUUGUAACACAGCUACACCAGAAGAGAUCAACGUUCUUUUGGACAAACUUCAAGCUCCUGCAGUAUCAGUCAGGGAUGCUGCUUUGAGGGGUUUACUUGUACUAGUUAAGUCUCUUCCUAAACCUGAGACUGACAAUGAAAGCUGGCUACGGGUAGCUCACAGGCUUUGGGUUGCCAAGUAUGAUGUAUCUGAGGAUGUAGCAGGACUUGCUGAACAAUUGUGGAAUGAUGCAAAGAUGGAGGCUGAUGAAGCUAUGAACCAGGGGAUUCUUGAAGAUCUUGUACACCCAGUUGAUGAUGUCCGUGCUGCGGGUGCUGCAGCUUUGGCUGCUUUAGCCAAGGAUUACCCUGAUUUUGUAGCUCCUGUUACCUUACAACUGAUUGAAAUCUUCAAGUCCAAGUUGGAGAUGACUCCAGCUGUACGAGAUCAGUAUGAUCGCAUUGUGUCUGAAGCAAUUGAUCUCUGGGAAGGAAGAGAAGGUGUAGCUUUGGCUAUUAAGCAAUUGGCUCCUCUUUUAGAUGCUGAGACAGCAGUUACCCUUGCUAAUUUCUUUGUACCAGAUGCUCUUGGUGACCGUAAUCCAGAAGUGAGAAACAAAAUGUUGGAUGCUGCCAUGGCGGUUGUUAACUCUCAUGGAAAAGAAACUGUGAACAGUCUUCUACCAGUAUUUGAAAAGUUCCUAAAUACAGCUCCCAAUCACGCCAGUUAUGAUGCUGUACGCCAGAGUGUGAUAAUUUUGAUGGGAUCUCUGGCGAAGCAUUUAGAUCCAACUGAUCCAAAGAUCAAGCCCAUUGUGGCAAAACUGGUAGAAGCCCUUCAUACACCAUCACAGCAGGUACAAGAAGCUGUGGCAAACUGUUUGUAUCCCCUGGUAUCUGCAAUACGAGAUGAUUGUCCAAAAAUGGUUACCAAACUCAUGAAAGUACUACUUGACUCUGAAAAUUAUGGAGAGCGCAAGGGUGCCUCAUAUGGUCUUGCUUCUUUGGUUAAGGGUAUGGGUAUUCUGGCUCUCAAGCAGCUGGACAUCAUGACCCAGUUGACAACAGCUAUUCAGGACAAGAAGAAUUACAGAAAUCGAGAAGGUGCUUUAUUUGCUCUUGAGCAGCUGUGUAACAUGUUGGGGAAACUGUUUGAACCCUACAUUGUUCACAUACUCCCACAUUUACUCUUAUGCUUUGGAGAUACAAACCAGUAUGUACGGGAAGCAACAGAUGACACAGCUAAGGCAGUUAUGAGUAAACUCUCAGCCCAUGGUGUUAAGUUAGUGCUGCCGUCUCUUCUUUCUGCACUGGAAGAAGAUUCUUGGAGGACUAAAACUGGUUCUGUAGAAUUACUGGGUAAUAUGGCUUAUUGUGCUCCCAAACAACUAUCUUCGUGCCUUCCAUCUAUUGUGCCUCGACUGAUAGAAGUAUUAAGUGAUUCUCAUAUGAAGGUACAGAAAGCAGGAUCUCAAGCUCUCAAGUUAAUUGGGUCUGUUAUUAGGAACCCGGAAAUUCAAGCAAUUGUACCUGUGUUAUUAGCGGCCCUUCAAGAUCCUACAAAGAAUACCUCAAACUGCCUCCAGACUCUUUUAGAAACUAAAUUUGUUCACUUCAUUGAUGCUCCAUCUCUUGCCUUGAUCAUGCCUGUUGUGCAACGAGCGUUUCAGGAUCGUUCCACUGAGGUUCGUAAAAUGGCUGCGCAAAUUAUUGGGAAUAUGUACUCUCUCACAGACCAAAAGGACUUGCAGCCGUAUCUACCUGCCAUCAUUCCAGGUCUCAAAGCUUCUCUUCUGGAUCCUGUUCCCAAAGUCCGCUCUGUAUCAUCCCGGGCAUUGGGAGCUAUGGUGAAAGGCAUGGGCGAGUCUAGCUUUGAUGAUCUGCUACCUUGGCUUAUGCAGACCCUUACAUCUGAAUCCUCAAGUGUUGACCGUUCUGGUGCUGCUCAAGGCUUGGCAGAGGUUGUUGGAGGUUUGGGACCUGAGAAACUCCAUCGUCUAAUGCCAGACAUAAUUGCCACAGCUGAACGUUCUGACAUUGCUCCCCAUGUUAAAGAUGGCUAUAUCAUGAUGUUCAUCUUUUUGCCUACUGUGUUCCAAGAUGAAUUCACUCCUUAUAUUGGACAGAUCAUUCCUCCAAUAUUGAAGGCUCUUGCAGAUGAAAAUGAGUUUGUCCGAGAAACUGCCCUGAAAGCAGGUCAACGUAUAGUGAAUACUUAUGCAGAAUCUGCAAUUACUCUACUUUUACCAGAAUUAGAAGCUGGUCUGUUUCAUGACAAUUGGCGUAUUCGAUACAGUUCUGUUCAGUUGCUGGGCGACCUGCUUUUCAAGGUUUCUGGAGUCUCGGGUAAAAUGACCACAGACACUGCCCAUGAGGAUGACAACUUUGGUACUGAACAUUCACAAAAGGCUAUCAUUGACAUUUUGGGUGAAGAGAGACGCAAUCGUGUCUUAGCUGGAUUGUACAUGGGACGUUCUGAUGUUGCUGUGUUGGUAAGACAAGCUGCUCUUCAUGUUUGGAAGGUGGUGGUCACCAACACACCAAAGACACUGCGUGAGAUUCUUCCAACAUUAUUCUCUCUUCUCCUUGGUCAUCUCGCAUCCACUAGUUAUGACAAGAGACAGGUUGCAGCACGUACCCUAGGUGACCUUGUUCGUAAGUUGGGUGAACGUGUUUUGCCAGAAAUCAUCCCCAUUCUUGAAAAAGGCUUGAGUUCCCCUGAAGCAGAUCAACGGCAGGGUGUGUGCAUUGGGCUUUCUGAAAUCAUGGCUUCAACAAGCAAAGAUAUGGUUUUAUGUUUUGCUGAUAACUUGGUCCCAACUGUCAGACGAGCACUGUGUGAUCCUUUGUCUUCUGUCCGGCAAGCUGCUGCUCAGACCUUUGAUUCAUUGCAUUCAACUGUAGGAUUCAGAGCAUUAGAAGACAUCUUACCCCACCUUCUGAAUCAGUUAGAAAAUGAAGAUGAAACUAGGGAAUAUGCUUUAGAUGGCUUGAAACAGGUCAUGGCUAUUAAGAGUCGUGUUGUUUUACCUUACCUGGUGCCACAACUUACUACACCACCAGUUAACACCCAAGCUCUGUGUAUUCUGGCUUCAGUAGCUGGUGAUACCUUAACUCGUCAUCUUAGUAAGAUCUUGACUGCAUUGCUUGGAGCGCUUAGUGAUACAGCUGGCACACCAGAAUAUGAUGAGGCACUAAAUCAUUGUCAGGGUGUUGUCCUAGCUGUUACAGAUGAAGCAGGGGUCAAUACUAUUGUUGAUGAACUUCUGCAGCAUUCAAAGAGCAAUAACUUGGGGGUAUCAAGAGCAGCAGUUGCCAUUCUCUUUGCAUUUUGCUCUAACACCCGGGCAGACUACAGUAAUUAUGUGCCUCAGCUUUUGCGUGGCCUUAUUCAGCUAUUCACUCUCACUGAUGAAGAAAUGCUUAAAACAUCAUGGAAUGCCCUUAAUGCUGUGACCAAGAGUUUAGAUCCAACCGAUCAGCGGGCACUUGUGUCUGAUGUUCGUCAAGCUGUAAAGUUUGCAGCAUCAGACCUCAAAGGGGACCAGUUAAUGCCUGGAUUUUGUUUGCCAAAAGGAAUUCAGCCAAUUUUGCCUAUAUUCCGAGAAGCUGUUUUGAAUGGUGAACCAGAGCUCAAGGAAGCAGCAUCUAAUGGUUUGACUGAAGUUAUUAGACUCACAAGCUCAGAUGCUUUAAAACCAUCUGUUGUUCAUGUGACUGGGCCUCUUAUUCGAAUUCUUGGAGACAGAUUUGCUUGGAAUGUUAAAGUAGCUGUCCUUGAUACGCUUGCACUACUAUUGGCAAAGACUGGGGUAAUGCUUAAACCAUUCCUGCCACAGCUCCAGACAACCUUCGUCAAGGCUGUACAUGAUCCUCACAGAGGUGUUCGGUUACGAGCAGGUGCAGCAUUAGCUCACCUAAUUACUAUUCAUACGAAACCUGAUCCACUUUUCACAGAACUUCAUAAUGCUGUGAAAACUGCUGAUGAUACUGCUGUUAGGGAUACAAUGAUUCAAGCAUUGAGAUGUGUUGUACAGCCAGCUGGAGACAAGAUGAGUGAUAGUGUAAGGAAAGGCAUGAUUGUCACAUUAGGGUCUCUCCUUUCCCAUGAUGAUGAUUCAACAAGACUUUGUGCAGCAGGAGCGAUGGGGGUGCUCCUACCCUGGUUGACUAGUGAUGAACUGCGAUCAGUUCUCACACAGCAUGUAUUAGAGGAUAAUUCUAAUGCUGACUGGACUGUCCGUCAUGGGAGAUCAGCUGCUCUCUUCUCAGCACUAAAGUCUGCUCCAUCAAAGGUCUUAGAUGUAGCAACAGUUGACCAGAUAUCUUCAACAUUGUUGUCAUACUUGUCAUCAGACAGAGUUGCACUUGUAGAAAAUGGUAUGGGUGGUGUAGGAUUUUUCAUGUGCCAUCAGCUUGCAAAAGGGGAGGGAGUGCCUCCUCCACUUGCUCAGCAGUUUGCCAAACUCAUUAAUCACAGUGCAAAUGAAGUAAAGCAAGCAAUGUGUCGAGCGUGUCAAUUUACCGCUGAAACUUUAUCAAAAUCUAAUGGCAGCCAGCUCCCUCCUGAAAUAGCAAGGCUUGUUCUUCCCAUGUUGGUCAAUGGCACAAAGGAGAAGAACCAAGUAGUUAGAUCUUCAGCUGAAAUGGCUCUCAUUGCUAUUUUAUUGCUUAAAGAGGGAGACCAAGGAUCACAGCCAAUGUUGAAUGCUCUAGAUGGUAGUCCAAGAGAUGUCUUGAAAGAAGUAAUUAACAAAAAUCUGCGGCGAGCAACAUACAUACCAGUAACACCAACAGAAAUGGAUACCACGCUACUUACCUGAUCAGAUGGCCUUCUUCAAGAUGCAAGAUCACGCUGGUGCUCCAAACUUCACCUGGCCUUUAUUUGGGAAGGCAGUGAUGUUUAUUUGUUGAAAUUUUUCAUGUUUUCUUCAGUGUGUUCUGUUUUUUUUAUAUAUAUAUGAUUCACAUUUGUUGACUUUUUAUACAACCCUCAUUUUUUUUUCUUCCAUUUUGAAAAUACAACCCACAUUUUUUUUCUUGCAUUUUAAAAUGGGACACAAAACUAGUGCCUGCCACUUGGGUUAUUCUCACUACACAGUGUGCUCUUUUUACAUGUCAAGGUUUAUUCAUCAGUCCUGCUGCUCAUUCACAGGUGACAAAUGUAGUCAUAAUCUAAUUUCUGAAAAAUUAUUUAGACAUUUGUGCCUAUACAGUGUACUAGCAUUUCAAGUUCAUUCUUGCCUUGUGCUUAUGAAGCAGUGCAGUAUUCAAAAUUAAUGUCAUUUUUGUUUUAUUUGGUCUCAUUUUUUUGCAUUGGUUGGGGAGCUUGUAUUGUUUCCAGUCUUGUGACUUUUAUGGUAUAAAUAUAUAUAGUUUUUCAUUCAUAAUUUUAAUAUUAAAAAAUUUGGCUUAAAGCUUUUGAAUAUUUUGAUUGUUCUACACAAAGGAGGCAACUAAGCAAGUAAUUAAGGUCUCAUCAUUUGAUCUACCUAAUUCAUUUUAAACAACCUUAGCUUUGAAUCUGGAUUAGCAUAGUUUAAAAAGACCAAGAAAUGGUUGGCCAAAAGCUAACAGUUGAAAAAGUGCCUGUUGGCAUUGUAGUGGAAAGAACAAAAGAAUUAAAUUUUUGCAAUUAAAGUUGACUUUGGUUUAUAACCCAAAAUUUAAAUUUAAUAGAAAAGCAGAGAUGGCUAAUUUGAUGAGUUAAUGAAUUUUAUAAUAUUAUUGCAGUAUGUUUUGUGAUUAGUAAGUAGUUAAGCAUAAAUUCUGUGAAAUUUUUUAAGGUGAUUGGAAAUGGGUUCUGAUAAACAUCUGGUUUUCUUAAUACAUUGUAUAUAAAAGAUACUGCACUAAUAACGAUAAUAAAUGGUAAAUGAUACCAAAGUCUACAUUAUUUACAGAUCAUGAAGACUUUAGAAAAUAUAAACUUUAUGAAAUGAGAGCAGUGAAGAGCUAAGUAUUGCAAAUAAACCUUAAUGUAUUUGAGUAUGCUGUAUUUUAAGUGUUAAUUUAUACAUCUAUUCCAUACCAAAAUGAAAAUGUGUGUAGUGAUCUUCGUAACAGUAUUUUCCAGACACAAAUUUUGCAAUAGUUUACUAAGGUAACGUCUGUUGUACAUUUGUAUAUUCAAUUCUGCAUUGAAACAUAGGGUAUUGCUUCUACUUUAGAUAUGGUAAAUAAUUGGAAUACAGAAAAUGUAAAGGGAAAAAAAAUUAGGAUAAGUCUGUGAUGUUGACAAGAGACAUACGAAUGAAUUACAUAACUGAAGGCAGGGUUUCUUGUUAUUGAAAUGCUAAAAUCAUUUUUGCAUUUGGGGAAUAUUCAUCCUUAUCCUAAUGAAUACAGAUAUAGAGAUUAUAUUUUAUGUAAUUUACAGUUUACAAGGAGAAAUUUUUUGAUCUUUUUCUACAAAUGACUUUUGUACUGUCUCCUUACAUUUUCCAAUAUAACUAUAAAGGCUAAAUUUACAGGCAAGGGUUUAAGCUCUUCUGCCUUUGUAUUUGAGUACCUCGUGAGUUGUCAUGGCCAAUGGAUGUCUAAGGAAGUGAUUGAGUUUCCUUUUAGCAACCAAACAGGGUAAAACUCCCAUCCCUUGAGAAAUGGUAAAGGUUUAAAUGGAGAGAGAGAGAAAUUGUGUACUCCAUAUUAGAUAAAAUCUUUUUUUGCAAUAUCAUAACUAAAUAAACAGAUUUAUUUAUGUGUACAA